CAGCGACCCAAUUUAUACUGUCACCUCGGGUCAUCUGUAGUAAAGUAUGAUAAGACAUUCCUUAUAAAACGAAAAGAAGUCUCGUUAUUUCUGCAGCAAAGUGACAUUUUUCAACGAAAAUGGAUGCGCGAUUUUAUUCCAUGUUCAUCAUAAUGGUGACAUUGACCGGUGGUUAUGGUCAGGAUGACACGUGCCGUGACGUACUUCCGGAUUGCAGUGAGUAUACGAAGAGUGCAUGCAAGCCCCCCUACGAUGCCUGGGGAAGAAAGAACUGUGCGGCUUUUUGUGGAUUCUGCAACCCGCCCUGUGUUGACCUGGAACCUGACUGUGCAGAUUAUGAGCAAAGUGCAUGUGAUCCACCAUAUGACACGUGGGCUAGAAAACACUGCGCAAAACAUUGUGGAUAUUGUGGUCCAACAACCUCCCGCACUACUCCGCCAACAACACCUGCAGUGGUUAAAACAAACUGCGUGUACCGGGGGAAAGAUUACCAAUUUGGGGAGGUGUGGCAAGACGGCUGUACGUACAACUGCACGUGUGGCGCAGGGAAUGCAUAUCGGUGUAGUACAAUAUGUGCAACGUUCACGAAUCCACCAGCGAAUUGUCAUUACCAAGCCAUUGAUGGAGAGUGCUGUAGAAAGCUUAUUUGUUCCAGUGGUUCGAAUGUUCCAGUUCUGAGUGAUACCGGGUGUCUAUACAAUAGAAAGAAAUAUGACCAGGGGGAGUCAUGGAUGGACGGCUGCUCUAUCAACUGUACUUGUGUUGACGGACGAACAGGGCAAUACCAAUGCAGAGACGCGUGUCCGGAAGUAAAAGCAGCUGCCGGAUGUGUGAUUGUUAAGAGAGCAGGGAGUUGUUGCCCAGAAUCUGUGUGUAACCAAACAACAAGUAGUUCAGGGCAAGUUGGCGGGUGUAGUUAUAAUGGAUUUUUGUACGGGGAAGGCGAUGAAUGGAUUGAAGGAUGUAGUCUCAAACAUACUUGCAAAAAUGCAACUACAGGAUCUUCAAUAGCCCAACCAAGAUGUUUGAAUUUACUUCUUCCGAGAAUUUGUCAUCUUGACCCUCCUCCGACUGGAAAAUGCUGCGAGGUACCAAACUGUCCGGCCAGUUAUACAUACAAUUAUCCUCCUGGAUAUGUACCACAGUGAUCACUGCAGAGGGGUGGCUGUAGUCUUAUUACCAAUUCUAUACACUGCGUGACAUGUUACACCUAUAGACACGCGUGUCGCUGAUGUUUUCUUACACUAGUAAUGUACAUGUACUGCAUUCUCUUUUCAUUCGGUUUCAACGUAGGCAUAUAUCUCAUCACUGCAUUUUAAUUUGUAGUAUUGUCUUUUUUAAAUAAAACUUUUAAUAGUUA